AUGAUGUCAACAUGUGAUGGCGACAAGGUUAUUCACCCUAUUGUUGUGAUAAAAGUUGACGGUGUUGAGUGUCGUGCCUUGGUUGACUCUGGUGCCUCGUCAAAGUUGCUUGAUUCAUUAGGGAAGAAACCAACCGAAGUGAAAUACAAGAAAGUGGAAAUGUUGAUGGCUUCUACUACAACAAGAAUGGAGAUACACAAUUCAACUAUCUCUUCUAGAUCAGGUGAUUAUGAGUUAGAAGUGGAUCUAAUCAAAGUUAAUAAGGGAACACUCCUCGAAGUAGAGAACCCGCAGUACAAGGAACUAAUUGAGUCCUAUUCUCAUUUGAAAGGUGUGAAAAUGGACGACUAUGACACUAAACCCUAUCUCCCA